AUGACUUCUUUUCAUAUCCGAGGAAGGCCCCUGAUAAACAAACUACAAAAGAUUUCAAGAAGGACAAUAACAGAAUAUACUUAUAACACCAAUGGUACCGAUGAGGACACUGGAGACAGUAGCAUCGACCAAACUGCUAUCAAAGGGCGAGUAAAGGAUACAAAUAAAAUUAGCACAAUAAAACAUAACACCAAAGUGAUUAGCCCAAUUUCUACGACUGACCGACAAAACCCGACAACCGAGCAAGAACAGCAACUGGGUUCACCAGUUAAAGAAACUGGGUUGACUAGUGAGGCAGCUUCGAGUAAUCAGUGCCUCUUCUGGUCCCUAAGAGACUUAACGCGUGAUUCUAUGCUCAUUGGCAUAUGUUGUUCUGACUCUUGCUGUCUUGUGUUGGUCGUGCGAAAGCCGAUCAGACUCGACGGCCCAGUGAAAACAGGCCGGGGUUGUGCGAAAGCCGACCGACUGACUGACAGGCCCAGUGAAAACAGGCCCUUGGUCGUGCGAAAGCCGAUCAGACUUGACGGCCCAGUGAAAACAGGCCAAGGUUGUGCGAAAGCCGACCGACUGACUGACAGGCCCAGUGAAAACAGGCCCUUGGUCGUGCGAAAGCCGAUCAGACUUGACGGCCCAGUGAAAACAGGCCAAGGUUGUGCGAAAGCCGACCGACUGACUGACAGGCCCAGUGAAAACAGGCCCUUGGUCGUGCGAAAGCCGAUCAGACUUGACGGCCCAGUGAAAACAGGCCAGGGUUGUGCGAAAGCCGACCGACCGACUGACAGACAGGCCCAGUGA